AAACAAGAACGAAUACGUGUCGAACUUGACGUCUGCAUCAAAGACUAGGUUGUGUUGCUGAAAUGGUCAACAUUGACUUAAUUUUUGUUUCAUUGAAUAUUGGCUACGAUUUACGCAGGCAAAGUUUGAAGUGAGAAGCGAGACUACAUAAAUGCAGCCAUGUGGGGGCGCAUGUCCAAUUUGAUGCAGAAUGUCCAGGGCCAGGCCCAUGGAGACACGCCCACAGGAGAUGAUGGAGCAAGAAAUCCGCAGGAUACCAGUAUGUCAUCACCUGGUGAUGCCAGCUUCGUCUCGGCUGGUGACACAAGCUUCGCCAGCACCUCUGACGCUCAGGAUCAGCUUGAAGAACAGAACCGCCUUGUCUCACAACUCAAAGACAUGAUCAGACAGAAGGAUAAAGAGCUGGUCGAGUCAAGUGCAAAGCUGUCUAAAUUCAAACUCCAGGCCAAGGCCAAGAUCACGACUCUGACUACUCAAUUGGAAGCUGCCAAGAAAGGACGUAGUGGAACGGAAGAAAAGGGUGAAGCCGCAGGUGGAGACGAUGCAUCCAGCCGCGGGAAGCUCCUCCUCCUGAAGAAGAAGCUUGAUGAGAAGGAAGGCGCCCUCAAAAACAGCGUUGAGAAGAGGGCUAAGCUGGAGGAGGUGGUAAACUCUAAGCAGGAGCUAUUGAAUGAGAGAGAUGGUAGGAUAGCGCAGUGCGAAGGAAGGAUUGAUGAGUUGGAGGAACAGGAGAGGAAAAGAAUAGCUGAACUUCAGGAGAAAGACAAAACCAUUGAGAAGCGGGACGCCAUGUUGGAAGCUCUCAGAAGUGGGGGUGCUGCUGUCGUCAUGGAUACGGGUCCUACGACGCAACUCCAAAACAAGAUAACAGACUUGGAGAGAAUGUUACGCGAGGAACAAGACAGGUCCCAAGAAGUCCUGGAACAGCUUGUCCGCAAGGACCAACUGAUCAUGGAACAGAGUGAUCGGGUCCUGGUCCUGGAGCGCCAGACCCAUGGUGCUCAGAUGAUGACCCAGGACCAGGGAGAGGUCAUCGAGGGUAGAGAUAGGGCCAUUAAGGUCUUACAGGAGGAUUGCAACCAGAAAGACAAGGUGAUCGAGGAUCUGAACAAGGUCAUGGAAAACAUGAGGUCCAAAAUGGAGUCAACAGACGAGAGAAUCACGCAGCUAGCAGACGACCUAGAAUCCAAGGACGCCCUCAGGAGGGAGGAAAGGGAGAGGUAUGAGAAGGAGAAGGCUUUGUUGGAGGAAAAGCUUCAGAUCUUUGAGAGCCCUGAGAAAGGAGAUGCAGAAGCUAAGCAACAGGAAUUUAUCAAGAAUCUUGAACGCCAUUGCCAGGAGACAGAAGAAAACCUGGAUGCCAAGACCAAGGUCAUCGAGAUGCUUCAGGAAGAGAUUGCUUCUAAGGAGAAGGCCGAUGCUGAUCUUCAGAAGAGCAUGGCCUCACUGGGAGAGAAGCUCGGUAUCACCAAAGAACAGAUGCGAGCGAUGCAAGAACAGUUUGUGGAAAAAGAAGAAGAAUGGAAAAAGGAGAAGGAGGAAAUGAAUACCAGAUUAAAGGAAGCAGAGGAACUGAAGAACAAGUUAGACUCUGAAAACACUGAGAAGAUGAAUGCCCUCACUGCUCUACAGACAGCUCUACAACAAUAUGAAACAGCUUAUAACCAAGCCAGCUCCCAGUACAGCACUCUCGCUCAAAACUAUGAACAAGUCCAAGCGGAGCUGAGAGAAGCCAAGUCUCAGCUCGAUACUGCAAAAAAUGAGAGCGAGGCUUCGAAGAAGGAAGGUGAAGAGAAGGAGAAGGAUGGGGCUCAACAGAACGAAAAGCUGAAGCAACGGGUUGGAGAACUGGAGAAGGACAUUGAGGAGAGGAUAGCAGAGUUAGGAAGGACUAAAGAUGAGGUGGAGGAGUUUACGGCGGAGAAGGUCGGCUUUGAAAGAACGAUCAAAGAAUUAGCGGAACAGGUUGAAGAAGGGAAAGUGAAGUUAGAUGCAGCGCAGCGAGAGUGUGAAGUUCUGAAGGAUCGAGGGGAGGAGAGCGAAAGGACAGGUGGACAGAGGAUAGUAGAACUCGAGCAAAGGAUAGAAGAAUUAGAAGGAGAAGUAGAAAAUGGAAAAUCAAAACUUAGCAAAUUGAAUGACGACAUUGCAAAGAAGGAUGGGGAGAUUGGAGGAGUCAUCGAAGGAAAAGCUGAUCUUGAGAGGAGGAUUGACGAACUUGAAGGAGAGUUGGAGAAAGGACGAACUGAAUUGGAUAGAGUGAAGGAAGAGAAGGAGAAGAAGGAAGAGGAGAUAGCGGAUUUUAAGGCCAAAGCAGAGGAGAAGUUCAACAAGCUGAAGAACCAAGCAAAGAACAAAGUGAAAGCCAUGGAAGAAGAACUGCAGGGAUUAAAGAAGGUUGAUUCCCUGGUCGAAGAGGUCAAUGAUCUGAAGAAUAAGGUUGCUGAGCUAGAGGAUGAGAAAGGAAAUCUACAACUUAGACUUGUCGACUUCGAAGAGACCAAUGCCCUGAUAGAAAAUCUUGAGAAGGUUGUGAGUCAGAAGGAGGAGAAGUUAAAGAUGGUUGAAGAGGAGAAAGGAGAGGUUCUGAAGAUGAUGCAAGAAACGGGAGAGGAGAAGAUGAAAUUAGAAGGAAGGAUAGAAGAACUGACUUCACAGGUGGAACAGAACCAAGUCAACCACAACCAGGCAGAACAGGACAAGAUCAACGACCUCAGCUCCGCGGUCGACGACGUCCGCGCCAAGCUGGUCGAGGCGGAGGAGCGAUGCGACCAGGAAGUGAAAUCCAGGGUCAGUGUCGAGUCUCGUCUGGUGGAGCUUACUGACUUUAGAAAAUCAUCACAAUCAUACAUGGCUGAGCAGGACGAGAAGAUAAAAUCUCUAGAGGCCUCCUUGGAAGAGACUAAUCAAAGAUUGGCAGAGACGGAACAAGCGAGGGCAGGCUUAGCAGAGGAGAAGGUUUCCACAGAGCUGAAGAUGGUUCAAUUAGAGGAAGAAAAAGAUAGUUUGGAGCAGAAGACUGUCACCCUCUCAGAUCAGAUAACGGUGAUGAAGAGGAAGAUGGAGACUGAGUUCCAAUCUCUGGUCGAGAUGGAGAGAGAGAAGGAAGGGAUGACGGCAACCCUUGAGCAGAAGGAAGAGAAAAUUGCUUCAUUGACCUCUGACCUCCAAGCAGCCUCUGAGUCAAAGGUCACCCUUGAGAACGCAAUAUCAGAUCUGAAGGAGAGUCUGUCCGAGCUGACAGAAGGAAAGCUGAAGGCUGAGGCUAACCUUGAGAUGCUUCAGAUGGAUCUUGACCAAGCCAUGUCACAGAUGGAGAACCAAUCCUCCAUCUCAGCAGCAGAGAAAGCAGACUUAGAGUCAACCAUCCAGGAUAAGAAUAGAGAGCUUUCUAACCUUGAGGAGAAGAGUCGAGAGAAGGAUGAAGAGAUCACCAAAUUGGGUGGAGAAUUAGCGGACAGGAGCAGGAUCGUUGAACAGCUCGAAGGGGAGGUGUCGGAGAAGGGUUAUAAGAUUGAAUCGCUUGAAGCAACUGUUGGACAGAAGGAUCGGGAGUUGGAUAUGAUGAAGGAGGGGCAGAGCAAAGAAGGAAGGAAGAACGAAUCCAAGAUGUCAUCCUUGCUCCAGCAGAUUGCAGAGCUUGAGACAGAGCUGAUGAGCACCCAGAGGAGUGUUGAUGAGAAGGGGAAAUUGGUGGAGAACUUGCAGGAGGAGCUUGAGAAAAUUAGAGGUGAGAUGCAGAAGAACUCUCAGGAAGCCAGUGAGAACCUAGAGAAGGCCUCCAAGCAGUUGGAGGAUAAGGAGAAACAUGCCGGGUCCCUGCAAGAGCAGCUCCUGGAUUCUUUGAAGCUUGUACAGGACAAGGAGAACUCGUACCAGGAGCUCCUCAAGAGGGAGAAGGAGGAGUCUUCGGAGAUGCAGAUCAAGCUGAAUCAAGAAGUUUCUCAUCUCAAGGAUAACCUUGACACAUCUCAGAAAGAGGUUGAUGACUUCAAGAUUAGGUUAGCAGACACCUUGAAGGAAAAAGAGGAGAUAUUUGAAAGGAUGAAACUUGAUGUUGAAUCAUUGCAGAAGGCCUCGAGUAACAAGGAUGAGGAGAUUAAUCAAGCGAAGACAGAGUCAGACAGGGCAUUACAGGAUUUGACUAACAAACUUCAACUAUCUGCUGAUGAAAAUGGACAAUUGCAGGAGCGUGUCAAGAACUUAGAGGUAGAGUUGACAAAUCUAGGAGAACAGCUCUCUCAUCAGGAAGAGAUUGUUACUUCUCUAGAUGUUGACAAGAAACAGCUGGAGGAGGCUCUUGGAUUGAAAGACCAAAACCUUAUGAUGAUGAGAGAGAAGUUGGAUGAAACCUUGAGACAAAAUCAGGAGCAAGAACAGAUCAUCCAGGAAAGAGACACCACAGUGUCCUCAUUGAAGGAGCAGCUUCAGGAUGUGGAAGAGAAGUCUUUGAAAUGCGAGGAGAAUGUGAAACUGUUGGAAGAAAAGCUUGAAUCCUGUUUGAUUGAUCUGGAAAAUCUCCAAGAUGCUGUCACACAAAAAGAUAAGCUGAUUACAGAUCUACAGAAUGAGAUCGGGAGCAGCUCAGAAGAAAUGAAAACCCUCAAAGAUACCAACAUUGAUAUGGAUAGACAGUGCCAAAGACAAGUGCAAGAACUUAACGAUCUACAAACAAACAUUGAUGAUAAGAACAAUCAGUUGACAAUCCUUCAAGAUAGACUGAAGGAAGUGAAGGAGGAUGAUGAUACCAGACUUGCUUCUAUGCAAGCAAGAGAGGAUGACAUGGAGAAAGAAGUAUUCAGUUUGAAAGAAGAUUUGAACAAGCUCCUUGAGAAGAGCCGAGAGGAUGCAAAUGAAAAGGAAAGCAUCAUUAUUGAAAAGGACAAUAGGAUUGUGGAGAUGGAGGCAAAGAUUGAAGAGUUAAGGACAGAAGAGAAGAACCUGAAAGAAGGAACUGAAAACCUCACAGAGCAACUGUUGAAAACUACAGAAGCAAGGGAUCAGAUGGAGAUAUCUCUAGAGGCUGCCUCUAAAGAGAAAGAACAAGUCCAAGAAGAGCUUACUCUUGCCAAAGAUCAAAUCAGUGGCCUCCACCAGGUGUUGGUGGACAAAGAGGAUGAAGUGGGUCAAAUAAGAAAGAACUUAGAUGAAAAAGAGAAGGAAAAUCAGGAAGAGGUUACAGUGAUGCAGGAAUCACUCCAAAGAGCACAAAAUGAGAAGUCUGGAUUUGAGAGCCAGCUUGAAAAUGAGAAAGCUUCAUUGCAGGAGUCACUGGACGCUCUCAGAAGUGAACUCCAAGAUGAGAAUGCUCUUGCCAAAGAGAUGGAGGAGAAGUUAUUAGAAAAGGAAGCUGCCCACAAGUUGUUAGCAGACAGAUUAGCAGAGAAGUCUGAAAUUGUGGAACAGCUGACUCAAAAGGUCAUUGACAAUGAGGAAGUGUCAACAGCAGAACUUCAAAUGCUACAAGAGAAGGUCAGGUGUGCGGAAGAAGAACAUCACACACUGGCUCACACAACAGAGCAGGAGAUUGGACAACUCAAAGAACAUGUUAAACAAUUAGAGUCUGAGAAGGAGCGGAUAGUAGAAGAGUUGGAACAAAGGAGAGCAGCUCUUGAAAGGAUUGGAGUACAGCAGGCAGAUAGGGAGCAACUUUUCAAUGAGGAACUCAGUGCUGUCCAGGCAGACCUAGCUCGUGGUCAGGAAGAAAGGAGAAUUGUAGAGGCAGAUUUUGAAGAGAAGACAACUGUCCUGGAGAGCAGGGUUGUAGAGAAGGAAGGAGAAAUAGCAACCCUGAUGGAUGACUUAGACCUUGUCAAGAAAAAGAUGGAAAGCCUGAGUCAGGAUGCUGAUGAGAGGGAAAGCAGUCUCCAACAGGAGUUGUCAUCCUUGAGGGAAUCUAUGUCAACCAGUAGUGGUGAAACGGCAGAACUUGUUAAACAGAUUACAGAGAGAGACCAGAGGAUCAAAGCCUUAGAGGAGGAGUCUUCCACUGAGAAGGAGCAACUGGAGAAGCGUAUCAUGAACCUGAAAGAGAAACUUAAGAAGGCGGUAGCUGAAGUCAAACAACUGAGAAACACUGUAAGUGAGCAAGCCACAAAGAUAGAAGAACAAUCUACAAAGAUUGAAGAACAAUGUGCCAAGAUUGAAGAUCAGUCUACAAAGAUUGAAGAACAAUCAAGAGAGAUAGGAGAGAAGUCUUCAAAGAUUGAGGAAGCAGAGGGAAGACUAUGUAAACAAGAGGUUGUGGAAGAACGGUUGCAGUCACUCACCCAGGCAACAGAUGAAUACAAGCAGAAGUUCGAUAAGAUGAGACGAGAACUUGAAGAACGCAACCUUGCUGUUCAGUCCCUGAAGGAGGUGAUGAUGUCUCGAGAGGAAGAUGUUAAUUCUCAAACCGAAAUGUUGGAUCAUAGUUUAGCAGAAGUCAACAAAAAGGUUGAUGCCUUGAAUGCAGAAAUCCAGCAGCGGGAUGAUGUCGUCCAGGAUCUCCAGUCAAGGCUUGCAGAGAAGGAAGCAACCUUUGAAGGCUUGGGUCAGAGUUUUACCGAGAAAGAUUCCUUAAUCCAGAUCCUCCAGGAGGAGAUCGCAUCUCAGAAGAGCAAAGCAGAAGAGGCGAUUCAGACGGCAUCCAGAGAUGAAGAAGAUGGAGGAUCGGGGAAGGAUACGGUUGCAAAGCUGAAGCAGGAGAUCGAGCAAGGGAAACAGAGAUAUGGUAAGCUCCUUGCCAAAGCCAAAGAUAUGAAGACAAAGUUUGAAGUCGCCAACCAAAGGAACCGAGAGUUAGAGGCAGAGGUUGCUAAUCAUCAGAGAGAGCAAGAGGAGAGGGAGGUUGUCACCCAGCAAAGAGAAGAGGAAGAGAGGUCAAGGAAAGCUGAGGAAGGAGAAUCCAAGCAGGAGCUACUAGAGGUCUUGAGAAAGAAUGAUGAACUUCAAGCACAAGUAUCAGACCUAGAGAGACUCGCCUCUGAGAGUGAACUAGUCUUGCAGGACAAAGCGACAGAGCUUCAGGGAGUAAAGGAAGAACUACGUUUUGUGAAAGAGACUUUAUCUCAGAAAGAAGGGAAAAUUAGUGAUGAACAGGAAUGGAAAACAAAUAUGAUGACUUCCAUGGAUGACAAAGAUGCUGAAAUAAGCCAACUUAAAUCUGAAAUACAGGACAAAUCUGCACAACUUGAUGAAGCCAUUCUUGAAUUGGACAAUCAAACAAAAACACUUAGUGAGAGGGAGGCAACAAGCCAAAGGCGUCUUACUGAACUCCAACAAGCUGUAUCAGAUAGAGACAGUGAAGUCCAAAGACUUGAAUCAAUUGCAUCAGAAAAAGAAAACCUGGUGCAGCAGUGUCAAGAAAAGGAAGAUGCCAUAUCAAGAUUGACACUCCAGUUAAAUGAACAGGCUGUACUAGUUGAAGAAAGGCAGAAGGAAGUGGACAAUUUGAAUGAAAAGAUGAAAUCAAGUAUGGAGAAUUCUGCAGCAGAGCUCCGUGGAACCAAGGAACGCUUGGAGCAGAUGGAAACUAAAGUUGCAAGACUCCUACAGGAGAGUGCAGCAUUGGUGGAGAGAGAAGGAUCCUUGAAAGAACGGAUUGGUGACAAGGAGACAAUGGGGAUCCACCUUGAUCAAGCGAAGCAAGAGGUGGCACAACUGAAGAUGGAGAACGACAAGAUCAAGAGAGAAAUGGAGGAGCUCAAGGAAGAGAGAAUCAACCUAAAAGAGAAAGAAGAGAAUCUCCAGGAGCAGGUGAAGGAGAUGGAGGCAUCCAUCGGUCAGACCAGAGAUCUGGAGGCAGCACUGCAAGGAGCCAAACAGGAGCUGGCCAGGGUGGAGCAAGAGAGGGAAGAAAGUAUGAAUGAAGUUUCCAAGCUAGCAGAAGCUCUAAAGAAAGAACAAAGUUUGAAGGGACGAGCUGAGCAGAGAAGCGACAAGCUGAAGGAACAACUCCAAAAGAUGAAGGAAGCCAGACGAAAGCUUUCCACAGACGUGGAAAACCUGAGGCAGGAGAAGGAAGAGACAUCGGCAAGCAUCGUGAAGCGGGAGAUGGAUCUGGAAACCCGUCUUGGCACCAUGCAGAAAGAGGUAGAAGUCUUGAGGUCAUCAUCUGAAGGUACCAGACAGGAACGGUCAUCACUGGAAGCGGAGGUUGUCAAUUUGAGGCAGCAAUGUGAGAGAUUAACAAAGGAGGGAGAUGAUUUAAGGAGAGAGAGUGACCUGUUGAGGAAAGUGGUCGAAGAGUCAGGAUCGCAUCUUGAUGCGGCGAGGAACGAGGGAGAGACACUUCGGAAGAAGGUUGACGGAUUGAAUGGUCAGCGGGUGAAGCUAUUGGAGGAGAAUCAGAAGAUGAAAGCUGAGAUGAAGAGAUUGGUUGAUGAAGAUGAAAUCAAUAAAGUGGAGUUGGAGGAGUUAAGGACAGGUUUGAAACUGGCUAAAGAGAAGGGAGACAAGCUGGGAAGUGAACUCAAAGAAUUGGUCAGAUCUAGAGGAAAAGAAGGUGAUGGUUUGAAGGAGAGGCUCAAGUCUGUUGAAUCCGAGUUGGAGACACAGCAGAAACUCUGGGAGGAGAAGUACGAGACCGACGUCACACGAUACGAAAACAAGGUUGCAGAACUGACAGAAGAGUUACGGAAGGUAAAUGAUGAUGUUAUAUGUGUGAAUGUCGAGAUCGGGAAGACUACAGCAGAGCGUAACUCUCUGCAGGUCAUGAACACUGAACUUGCCAAUACCCUCACGUCGGCCGCAGAUAAGCUCCAGGAUGCGGAUAGAGCCCUGAUGGAAGCAAAGAGCGAGGUUGGACACCUCGAAGACCAGCUCGAGGAUUUAAGAGGCUCCAGGGAGGGUGCAGAGCAGCUUCAGCAACAGAAGGCUCAGCUUGAGACGGAUCUUGCGCAACUCUCCCAGGAGAAUCUAGAUCUCCAGGAGGAGCUGGAGAACUGCCACAUGGAGAUUGACGAAGUCGGACAGGAGAUGAGGGAUCAACGUGAAGAGAAGAAGCUGAUGGAGAGGCGGAUUGCUGAUAUCGAGGCGUUCGGGAAGAACGAGGUCCAACGUCUCCAGGAAAAGCUGUCCUUGGAUGUGAGGGCAGUCCAGGAAGAGAAUGCAUCCGUUGUCGAGGAGAAGGAAGCUCUUCAGACACAGCUGGAGGAUGCUCUGAGUGACAAUAGCAUACUUAAAGAAGAUGGAGAAACAAUGAAGGAAGAGAAUGAGAGACUACAGGAAGUAUCAAAGGGUGUUGCUAAGCAACGAGAUGGGUUGAAGGAGGAGUUGGUUGUAUUGUCUUCCAGAAUACUUGGUUUAGAGCAGCAGCUGAUGGAACAAGGCACGGUGGAUGAGAGGUUGCAAAAGUUGCAAAGCUCAGAGCAGAAAAUGAGAGAAGAUCUCGCUCGUUCUGCUGAAGAAAGAGACCGAGCAUUGCAAGGGAUACAUCAGAGAGAGAUUAGGUGUGAAACAUUGACCCAGAGAAUUGCCGGUCUCGUUGAACAGAACAAGAGUUUAAAGGGACAUCUCAGAAAUAUGGAGCGUAACGUCAAAGACAUGGAACGACAAAUCACAAAUCUGGAUGAUGAGAAGGCUGCCCUCGUUAGUCAGGUUGAAGAAAGAGAAAUCAGCAUCAGUAGAACAAUGGUUGAAGAACCCCCGAUGGUCGUCGAGGAAGCCAUGGUCCAGCGUAGCGCCCCGGCCCAGGAACAGAUGGCCCUACCACCUGACCCCUUGACCUCAGGUCACGGGGUCAUGGAGGAAGAGGUCACAAUGCUCAAACAAAAGUUGGAGAAUAUGGAGCAGGAGAGAGCAAUGCUUGCCAAAGAGUGUGCACAAACAGAGGCAUCCCUACAGUAUGAGAGAGAGCAACGAGUCUUUGCUGAGGAUGCGUUGCGGAACACCCAGGACCGUCUAAGAGAGCAGAAGAGGACAGCGCAUCAUCAUCCCUCAUCGUCAUCCUCGUCGACGAGGAAGGAAUAUAGUCUAUAUAUUGAUUCUGAUGAUGAGGAGACCCAGCUGAUGGUCAAGGCUUAUAAAGCCGGGCAUCAUUUGACUCGUCAUGGUAACACAGUUGCUAACAAGUUGAGAAGGUGUUUCAAGGGUCAAGGGAGCUUCACCCGGGCAGUCCGCAGCGGGAUCCAACCAAGGUCUCUCAUGGCGGUAUACGCUGCAGCCAUUCAUAUCUUCCUAUUCUAUCUACUCGCAUUCCAUUGCUAACACAGGCACUUAAAACAAACUGCCUCUCUCCAUCCAGGAGAUGUGAAUGGAGAGGACAAUGUGUUCAAGGCAAUUAAACUGAACUGCCUUUCUUUACCCAGGAAUGUGAAUGGAGAAGACAGUGUGAUAAACGCAUUUUAAAAUCAUUGCCACUCUUCAUCCAGGAGUGUAAUUUAUGGUGAAGACAAUGUGAUGAAGGCACUUAAACUGAACUGCCUCUCUUCAUCCAGGAAUGCAAAGAGAGAGUACCGUUAUGAUCAAGGCAUUUUUAACUCGUUGCCGCUCUUCAUCCGGGAGUGCAUUUCAAGUGAAGAACAGUGAGCAUCACACCUGUUACAUCCUGGGAGAUUCCAUGGCUUACCCAGGCAUUUAAAAUUAACUGCCUCUCUUCACCCAGGAGUGUAAAGAGAGAAAAUGUAAAAUUCUUUGCUGCUCUUUAUAAAGUGCAGGGGAAUAGAGAUUUGUUGCAUUACUUAUUUUCUAAAACGGGUCAAUUAUGAAGCAAAGAAAAUUCUGAUAGGUGUUUGAUAAAGCUGUUCACAAAGUUAUGCAUGACUCUAUGUAGACUGUAACUUGAUCUUGGGUGCUAAGUCACCUACAUAGGGAUAUCAUCUAGCACAAGAAAUGGUCACCAGUCUUGACUGUAACAUGUUCUUAGGUGCUAAGUCAGCUACAUAGGGAUGUAUCAUCUAGCACAAGAAAUGGCCACCAGUCACGAUUGUAACAUGUUCUUAGGUGUUAAGUCAGCUACAUUGGGAUGUAUCAUCUAGCACAAGAAAUGGUCACCAGUCAAGCAUAAGUCAUUUGUAAUGUACAAACAGCUGUAGGAACACCCUCCAGGGUUUAUAUUUAUAAUAUAUAUCUAUUCAUCUAAGUAUAAAGCUCACAGAACACAUUUAAAUUAUGAAGAUUUAUAAAGAUUUCAGGAAUGUGGACCUUGAUAUUGUUUGGUAAGAAUCGCAGGGGUUAAAUUCAACCAUUUCAUCUCAUAAAUCUUCUAUUAUGAGAAUUUCUUAACCAAUGGUGCUCGGGGGAUCAUUUCAUAAGAGGAUUUGUUGGAUGUUUUAUACCGCAAACUUUACUUUAUCUGACAGUUACUAUAGUAACAGUUGGACACCUGUACUUUUCAGCCAGUCAAAAUCAAGGAAAGCUGUCUUAUUUGGGGAGCGUUUUAUCAACAUUUUUGUCUAGCAAUUGUCAGAUCAACUUUUUGAAUCUGACAACUUUUCUUGAUUUUAAUUGACUGAGAGGCUCUGUUACUUUGGUAACUUUUGGAUAAACCAGUUGGAUAAAACAUCCAACAAGUUCUUGAAACGCUCCCAAGACUCAUGUCAGAAGAUGAAUACUGUAUAUAUGCACACUCACUUGAAAGAACUUGCUAGUAUCUAAAAACUCUAUACUGUAAGGGGCUCGUAGCAUCAGAUUAACAGUUAUGUUCGUUUUGCCAAUGUAUGUUCCAUAAAAUACUUGCUUAUGAUUGGUUGUGAGUAUCGAUACCAUGGUUACGCUAUGAGGCCCAGAAUUGUCUACCCGCAGAAAAAAAAUGACUUAUACAUUAUUUCAUGCAAUGCUUUAUUCCCUUCAUCAAUGCAUGUAACUUAUAACUUGUUGCCUUCAUAUGCUCAAAUACAUAUUUUUAUAUUAUUAUCAAUGUAAACAUAUUUUGUCAACAUUUGUGAAAAAUUUCAUAUUAAACUGAUCAUUGCUACCUGGAACCAGGUCAUCCUUAUCCAAUUCUUAUGGAGAUUAUGUUGGUUGGAUUGUUAUGUAGAAUUAUAUGUAUUUCAUCCUUUGCCAAUGAAAGGAGGAAAAAAUAGGGUGGAAAAGGAGGAAAGACAAUAUUAAGUAACCAACAUACUAACUGUUCUUUUUGGGCAGGAUUUUGUGUUUUUUAUGAUUUUAUAAAAUGUACUGCAUGUUUCAUCAAAAUACCCCCCACUCCCCUCCCCCCCCCCCCAAAAAAAAGGGUAUUAUAUAAGUGUCGAAUGCAGAAAAGUUUAUUGAUAUUGUUUUUCUACUAAUAUACAAUUUAUUCUUCCUGAACGCUGGUUUAAUGUUAUAGUGUUUAUUUGAAGAAGAUUUAAUGUAGAAGUAUGCCGAAAGAUGAUCCAUAUUUCUAUCAAGUGCUGAUUGAAUAGUGCAUAUAAUAUGUUUACUGCAAUAUUAGUUGAAUACAUACUAGAGGUAUAUAGGUACAACAUUGAGAGAUGUAAGAGAUAUUUUACAAUCAAUCGUAACUUUUUGUACAUGAUUUUCAAUAGACUUACAGUUAUAAUUAAUUUUACAAUUGAUUGUGUCUUCUGUGUCACAGGGCUCUAGAUAUAUUGAAAACAUUGGAUUUCUUUAGUGUAUUCAAAAUGUGCAAUGUCUGACAAAACCUGAAUGGUUCUUGUGAUAAAUGCUUAGUAUUGAUUGAAUUAGAAAUGCAAGGAGAAUACUGGAUGAUUUCUUUAUUGUUUUUUUUUUUUUUUCAUUUUACCAUGAUAAUAAAGUGCUAACACUAUUUGUCCUUGGACCUGUUUCACAAAGCCACUCUUUUGAACUCCCAUGGAAACCUUGAUUGUGAUUGGCUGCUGAGCCCUGUUACCAUGGUCACAUGUAUCUCUUUGUGUAACAGGCCCCUGGUGCCCGUUGCCCAUUGAUAAGAUUAACUAUUUCAGUUAUCUACAGCAAUAAUGACUAAAUUACUGAAUAAUUUAUAUUUAUUUACUAGUAUGCAUGUUUAUGGAGCCAAUCCAUUAUGUUUUUUUUUUUAUCACUUUUUAUUGAUAAAAAAGGAAACAAUUACAAUACGCCCAGGUUAUCUGUUCUAGAUGAACAGUAUACAGGGCAACAUAAAAUGAAUGUUAUUUUUAUUAUGAUAGUUUGAUUAGUUAUUUUUAGUGUAUUAUGACACAUUGUGUUACUAUGUUAUUCUUAAACAUUUAUUUUUUAAUCACAUUCAGUUAACUGUCACCUUUUUUCUAGUAAAACAAUAUUUUUAGAAGUAAUUACCGGUAAUUAUUCCAUUGACUUCACUUCUUUAUUUUGUUUAUUUCAGGAAAUAUGUGUAAUAGGUAUGGUGAAGAGUAAAUUCUUAGAAGUCUGAAAUAGUUUGUGAGAGGGAAACUAUUUAAUCUUAACUAUUAAAUCCCAUAUAUUUUGCUAUGACAAGGAAUUGCAUGGAAUGAGCUGAUCAGUCCGAGGUGUUGAAUUACUGUUUCAGUGGCCCAAACAUAGAGAAGUGCGUGUGCAGCGCUUUUUAACCGAAAGGAAAAGGCGCAAUAUCAUAUGAUUGGAUUGGUGAGGAGCUACACAGGAUAGUUCUUAUGAGAGGCUGUAUGCCUUUCUGUUGGUUAUUGUAUAUUUAAGCAGAAUUUAUAAAGAUGAUGAAAUUGCAUCAUGAUAGAGAAACAGUAUUCUCCAUCAGAUAGUAGACCAAUUUUGAUGAAAUAGUUUCUUAUCCAUGGAGGGUAUUUCACAAAGAUUUAAGUAUGACUUAGAGUCGCACUUAAGUGCCGACACGUACAUAAUAUGCAACGCGUGAUCUUAUUGAUGAAUACGCAGUAAUGCACGUCCUCAUGGCGCGAUCUGACCUGUGCGAUCGAGCCUUGUAUAUCGCACACAACUAGGCAUUUAAGUGCGACUCUAAGUCAUACUUAAAUCUUUGUGAAACACCCCGGAUAUGUUAGUGAAGGCUAUAAUUAUGUCCAUUCCAUUACGAAAUUGUUUGUGCGCUUAUCUUUGAAUGUUCAGCAAUGUGUCAUUUUUUAAAAGGAGUAUUAAUUUCCAACAGUAAUUAUGAAGCAAUGCUCUAUCAAAUAUAAUUUUCCAUAAUCUAGCAGACAAUUGUGUAUUCAUGAAGUCAUAAAAGUGGAAUUAUCAUCCCUUAAACAAGCUCUUUGUUGCAUUAAAAUUUACUGCAAGUUCAAAAGAGUGUUUAAAGGUGACAGAUUCCACAGAUCAUGUUAUUUGCAUGUAUUGAUGUUUGAAUUAAAUGUUGCCAAUUUAAUGAGAUGUAAAUUUAUAGGGAUUACGAUGAAUGUAAAUGAAUAAUAACAUUCAAGAAUAGAAUCUAAAGUGAAUAAAUAAUGUAUUCUUAUGAAAUACUUAGCAGUCUUAGUCUACGGAAUAGUAUGAAAUUAUUGAAUAGUACUUUGAAAAUGUUUAUGAAUGAAUGCAUAUAAAGGAAGAGAAAUAUUAAAGAUAUUUCAUAUUAAAAUAUCAA